GGACAGACCCAGCCGUUGAAAACGGGAAGGUCGGAUCGGGCAUCAUAGUUCGAGGUGGAGUCGAAUUGACAUCCGUGCUUUCAUCGUCUUUCUUCUCUCUAUUUUCUCCUGUUUCUUCCUAGGCAGCGUCGCUCGAUGUUGGCGCGGCAUGGUCCCCCGAAGCAUCAGAAUAAAUUCGCCUGGAAUCCCAACGCCGGUCGUAAGAAGAACGAAAAGGAAUUAGGCGGAAAGUUUCGUCCUUACUCAGAAAUUACUGGGGUCUGUCCAAGAUGCAAGGAGCAGAUCGACUGGAAGCGCAGGUAUGGGAAGUACAAGCCCCUUGUAGAGCCGGCCAAGUGCCAGAAAUGCACCAAGAGAGCGGUUCGCCAGGCUUAUCAUAGUUUAUGCUCAGGAUGUGCGAAGGCUUCCAAUGUGUGUGCCAAGUGUUGCUGCAGCAGGGAUCAGAUUGUGGGGAGGGAUGCCUCAGAGGUGGAGGCUGAGCAAAAGGCCCUUGAAGAGGCAAUUAAGAAUGCUCGUGAAAGGGAUAGAAGGACUCUUCUACGUGCUAUGAACAAUGGGAAGGCAGGAGGAAGCGGCACCAAGUCCUUGAAGAUUGGGGACCGAAGUAGAGAAGGGAAUGUCUUUCCAGCAACCUCCAUUGACGAAUAUGCUGAACUAGCAAAUGAAAGCAUUAGUGAUGAAGAAGACGAUUUGAUCUGCAGUUGAUUGUAACAACAUUUUUGCAACUGUUAGUUCAUUGCCAAUUAUUUUAGAAUCUAAUGUACAAUUUGUUCACAAAGUUUGCUUUUGACUAUGAUACUUGUAUUGUUUAUUAGGAUUUAUUAGAAUGUUUUUUCUUUGAUGUUCAAACAUAA